AUUGAUUAAAAAUCCAGUAUUUCUUCAUGGCCACUGCCGCAGCACCUUCGUUUCAUUCGACAAAAGAGACAACCAAUUACGCCCGCUUAUGCAGGCUUCUGGUGGAUGUUAGUGCACGUAUCUUGAGAGAGACUUUUGAGAAGAGGCGUCCAACAGGAGACCUGCAUACAGUUUUGUUAAGUCCUCCAGUUCAUACAGUCUUACAACCACUUCGAAAGAAAGGAAUUCUUAAUCCUUCCCAAUGGGGACAACUAUAUCCUAAAGCCAUCAAAUCUGCAGUUUCAUCAAAGAAUUUCGAUAUCACUCUACUGAUGGUUUUGCUGAGGAAUAUAUGCGGUCUUGGUCGUCCAGCUAAAGGCUGGGAUACACUUCCUCCUGCAACAGACACAACCCUUGAGGCAGAUAUCGUUCGCAUCAAGUUCUACAGAAACACAGUUUAUGGUCAUGCCAGCGAGGCCUCAGUUGAUGAACCAACAUUCAAUCAAUACUGGAAAGACAUCCAAGAUGCACUGGUGAGACUGGGAGGAGCUGGUUACCAAAGUGAUAUUGAUGAUCUGAAAAAGGAAUGCAUAGACCCUGAUUUCGAAGAACACUCUAAAGAGCUUCUUAAACAAUGGGUAGCGGCUGAAGUCAGCAUCAAAGAAAGACUGGAUGAAAUGGCAGAGCACUUUGAGCACUUUGAUAAAAGCCUGGAUGAAUUAAAGGAUGCAAUCGUUAGCCCUAUAAAGAAACCGGGAGACAAAGGUAUUGUUUGUUAACGGUUCAAUCUGUGCACGGCAUCAUGUUUUACUGCAUCAGCCAUAGGGUGUUAACCUCUGAAUCCUCAAUUUAUCAAUUAAAGCAAGUUAAAUCAUGGACACACUUUGAAACUAAUACCGACUGGAGCUUGGUCUUGACACAUAAGACCAUAGCAGUUUCAAAAACGCUAUUUUUAUAAUAAAAUUAACGCAACUCUUGUAUUCCUCUCCAGCUGUUUCAGCAUACACAAACGCGUUGAAAGAAUCGAUUAAAAAGCAAACAGAGUUCGUCAAUGUAGCUUCUCCCACCUCAUCUAAUAAGGUAAGAACAGAUGACAUAUUCACCAGCCUUCUGAUACAACAUGGAAGAAAGCCAGUUGAAGACCUAGAUAUGGAAAGAGGAGAACAACUUGAGCAGUACGGUCGAGUAAAAGGAAAACCAGUGGAACACUCGCAAGAAAUUUUCCUUUCUGAACGUGAUCGUAACGACGAAAUGAAUCCUAAAUCUGUACUAAUCACUGGGAAGGCAGGGAUUGGGAAAACUGUCUAUUGCCAAAAUUUAAUUCGAGACUGGGCUGACAACAAAUUAUUUCAACCACAAAGUAAUCGAAACGUGCCUGACUUUAAGUUCGCUUACUUACUGACUUUUAGUCAACUGAGUUUGCUGGGAGAUAAGCGUUUUACUUUGAGGGAGAUCCUGAACCUAUCUUCAGUGUUAGAUGAACACUCAAAUAUCGACGACUUUUUAUUUGAGUACAUUGUUGGUCAUUCUGAAGAUGUUUUAAUUAUUCUAGACGGCUUUGAAGAGUAUUCAAAUCAAAAUUUAAUCGCUAGUGAUUUGGAUAACCGAUAUCCGAAUAGCGCCCAAGAGAAAAUGCCAGUAGCAGCACUGUGUGCCAAGCUAAUUAAAGGAAAAAUCUUGAAAGAUUCGGUUGUCAUGAUGACGUCAAGGCCCGAUGAAUACGAUCAAGUGAAAGGUAAAAUACCCUUUGAUCGGUACCUUGAAAUUACAGGGUUUUCCGAGGAGCAGGUGAAGAAAUACAUUGAAAAGUAUUUCAAAGAAAACGAAGUCAUGAAAAAUGCUGUAAUGGAUCACAUCACAAAGAAUGACAAUCUUGUUAGCUUUGCCCAUAUUCCAGUUCUGUGUUUUCUGAUGUGCUCAUAUUUUGAGUACAUAUUAAAUGAAUCGAUGAACACUGAUGCUCUUCCUGUCAGUAUGGGUGACAUCUAUUCGGAAGUGAUCAACAUGUUUCUCAGAGCACAUAGCAGAACGAAAGGAGCCCCUCCAGAGAAAACGCUGAAUAAAUUGUCAAAGUUAGCGGCUCAUUUGCUCCGAAAAAAGAAGUAUCUCUUUAGUGAUGUUGACGACAUGAAAAGGUUUUCUUCGGAAGAAGUUGAAAGCCUCAAAGCAAGUGGUCUCCUCCAUUGCGGUCCACCGUUUAGAAAAUCAUUCUCUGAAACGACGAAAUAUUUUUGCUUCACUCACUUAACUCUCCUGGAAUACUUGGCGGCUCGUUGGUUUGUGAAGCAAAGAGAAAUUCCAUCUUACACUGAAAAUGCCUCAGGAAUGGUAUUCCAAUUUAUGUCGGGCAUUUUAUUAAAGCAAAACGACCAAGCUUUUAUGCGCAAAUUGCUCAGAGGACUCAUUCAAAGGUCUCAGUCUAUGCCUUCUGUAGGGCCACUAAUAUUGAAGUGUCUGGCUGAGUACCAUGACAAGGAAUUUGCCCUAAAUUUCGUAAAGAAAUUUUGUAGGCAGCUUAUUCAUUUUGAUCAAAUUAUAUCAUUUGUAGAAGUGGACUGCAUCGCAGUAUCUUUUCUGUUAGAUGUCAUCAGUACAUUCAAUGCAAAAGAAAAGGAUGAAAUGAAUCAACUAACCUUUCAACGGUCUCAUAAGCCGUUAGGUAAUCGACCAAAUCUUUUUAGGCGCGUCGUGCCCUGUGAACAGGGAACUGUUGAGAGGAGUCAAACAUCCUCGCACCAAUCAAUAGGAGCACCGCAUGUAUUGCUUCUCGUUGAUUGUCAUAUUACACAAACUGGAUUAAGACAAAUAUGUAAAUUUCUGAAGAACGAGCUCUGCACUGUGACUUCUCUUGAAUUUCGUUGCUGUUUAAUGGCAGACGAAUGUGUUGCUACGAUUGCAGAAUCGUUGCCAUUGACCAAAGUCAUUGAACUGUCUCUGGAAGGAAGUAAAAUCACUGAUGCCAGUGUUGCCAGUCUAUGUCAAGCAUUACAGACACCAACAUGCAAAGUCACUGAACUUGAUCUGAGUGAUAAUCGUAUCACCGAUGCUGGUGUUGCCAGUCUAUGUCAAGCAUUGCAGACGGUAGCAUGUAAAGUCACCAGUCUUGAUCUGAGUGAUAAUCAGAUCACCGAUGCUGGUGUUGUCACGGUCGGUCAAGCAUUACAGAUACCGUCAUGUCAAGUCACCACACUUGAUCUGCGUAGAAAUCAGAUCGCCGAUGCUGGUGUUGCCAGUCUAUGUCUAGCAUUGCAGACAGCAGCAUGUAAAGUCACCGAACUUGAUCUGAGCCAUAAUCAGGUUACCGAUGCUGGUGUUGCCAGUCUAUGUCAAGCAUUGCAGACAGCAGCAUGUAAAGUCACCGAACUUGAUCUGAGCCAUAAUCAGGUUACCGAUGCUGGUGUUGCCAUUCUAUGUCAAGCAUUACAGACACCGUCAUGUCAAGUCACUACACUUGAUCUGCGUAGAAAUCAGAUCGCCGAUGCUGGUGUUGUCAGUCUAUGUCAAGCAUUGCAGACAGCAGCAUGUAAAGUCACCGAACUUGAUCUGAGCCAUAAUCAGGUUACCGAUGCUGGUGUUGCCAGUCUAUGUCAAGCAUUGCAGACAGCAGCAUGUAAAGUCACCGAACUUGAUCUGAGCCAUAAUCAGGUCACCGAUGCUGGUGUUGCCAGUCUAUGUCAAGCAUUGCAGACAGCAGCAUGUAAAGUCACCGAACUUGAUCUGAGCCAUAAUCAGGUCACCGAUGCUGGUGUUGCCAGUCUAUGUCAAGCAUUGCAGACAGCAGCAUGUAAAGUCACCGAACUUGAUCUGAGCCAUAAUCAGAUCACCGAUGCU